CCUCACGAUGCUCUACUGCCUUGUUGAUCAAACCUUUAGGUUGAAGGCUCUGGAUGUUGCCGCCUAAGAAAACCACCCUCUUUGAUCUGGGCACCCGAACAGUAUCACAGCCCUCACACUUAUCAAUGAUAACUGCUACUGGCCCCAUCGUUAUUGUGUGGUGCAUAUGUAUUUGGUGCCCCUUGUACCAAUAUUCGUGUAUUCAAAUUAAUAAAUAAUUUUACGUGAUUAAAAGUAUAGUCAUGAAAAAUCUUGGAUUUUAACUCAUAUUGUUUUCCAAGGUUUUUAGUGUCAAAGUUUUUAAAAAAUUCCCUGUUUUGUUUCCGUUGAUUACCAAACAUGUAUCAAUAUGAAUGUAAUUGUGUAUAUUUUUUAAUGGUUUUAUUAAGCCUUUAGAUCAAUAACCGAUACAUUUUAGAAAUGAGUGUCUUGCGCCAACCAAUGAAAUGAUGCAUAAGUCCAAGUCUAAUCAGGUGCUGAAAAUUGAUCAUAUUCAAGAGCUCCACGACCAUUGGGCUAAUUGCAAGUCAUUAAUUGAUGUAAAGGAUGAUGGUGUUCAAUCCAUUUCCAAAAUUGACACCGUUUUUUACCAUGUCAGUAAAAUUAUACUGCUAGUUGUUGAUGAGCAUUCUUCUGACGCUCUAGAAGGAAACAAACUAGUAGAAGGUUCAUAUCUUGAAACAAUAAUAAAAUAUAAUAUUUUUGAAUUACUUCUCAUUUGGAUCGAAGCAAAUCCAACACCUAAAGAUGACAAAUCAAUUUGUACUCGUGAUGUGCUAAGAAGACAUUUAAUUACUACUUUUGAACAGUUAAUAACACAAUCGAAACAGAAUGUUUUACUUUAUAGACCGAUUCUUCAACCUUUGUGCCAAUUUUUAUUCAAACUAUCCUCACAGUUACGGCCUAGUUAUGAUCAAAUCUAUGGGCAUUUAUUACAUGAAGUUUGUAUUUUGUUAUGUAGAAACUUUCGGUUGUUGGAGUUUAGUAAAGAAUUAUGCAAAGAAAUUUUCAAUCAACCGUAUAUGAUAUUUUCACUACUUGUUCCAUUAGUACAUCGAAAUGACCCGUUGGGGGAUUCGGCCAGAGAUUCACUCUUAAUCAUAUUUGGACUUUCUAAUAAAGAUGAUAGUCUUGGUCAAUAUUUAGCAUAUGAAUCUGAUAUAUGUCCGAUUUUAGCCACUGGUUUAAGUGGUCUAUAUUCUAGUCUCCCAAAAAAGUUAGUUCCACGUUAUGGAUUAUACCAUAAUCAUAACGGUAAUGUUUCAUUAAAUUCUCCCGGAGGUCCAGUUUCUGUAACUACACCAGUUUAUAUUCAGUCAGAUUUACUCAAUCCAUGUCUGUUAGAAUUGCAAGUUGGUGGAGCUGAAUGGCAUCAGUUAACCGAGAGUGAAUGUUCGAAUUCAAUAGACCUACGCCGAUUUCUACAUACAUUGCAUUUUUGUAAUCUGACUAUUAAAAUUGCACAUCCUCAUGUUCGUGAUCAAUUAUUGUAUUUCAUUCAUUCUGGAUUCUUGGUUCCUGUUUUAGGAUCUGCAUUACACCAAAGUGCUAUGGAUGAAGUAAUUGCUGCCACAGCUUACCUGGAAUUGUUUUUACGUCGUUUAACUGAACCUUCAAUGAUCAAAUUAUUUUUGAAAUUCAUUAUCACUGAAUCACAUGAUUCUUAUCAUAUACUCACAUCGAUUAUGAAUCGUUUGAAUGCAAACGCUAUGCUUGGGAUGGUCACUUUGUCCUUAUUUCGUACAAUAUUAAACUUUCAUUGUGAAGAUGUUAUGUAUGAGUUAAUAUUCAAGCAUUUACUAGCUUUGAAUCAUUUAGAUUCUGAAAGGUUUGAUUCUUCAUCAAAUGGACUUCAUAAAACUCUACUGACUGGAUCUGCAUUAUGUUUAUCCAACAAUGGAACAACACAACAACCAAAACUACUUUGGUCUACUUCACCACGAUCAACCGUGAAACAUACUACUUAUUAUCAUCCUACGGUGGAUCAGUUAAUCCCACAUCUUGUUAAAUCAGCUGAAUUAUUUUUAUCAUUAGCCAAUACAUCAUCUUGUAAUGAUAAAUUUUCAAAAUCCAGAUGUCAGUCAACAACAAAAGAUAAUUCUGAAAUUGGUACUACACAACUAAAGAAUGGGAAGAGGCAAAAAUCAAGUAUAUCCUACUGUCCUAUAGAAAAACUAUGCGACGUUUCAAAAGAAGUCAUAUUCAGUGGUCAUGGAGACUCUGUGCCUACAAUCGAUCCCUUAACAAGUUUAAAUCGUUCAAACAACUUUAAUAACGAAUCACUUGAUGAUGAUAAUGAUGAUGAUUUGAACAAAACAUUAAACAACGAAUGGGUUGUUAUUCGUUCAACACCACUCCAUCCUAUUUUAGUGGCUAAUAAUUAUCCGGAAUUAAUAAAUUAUAUUAAAAAUGCCAAUUUGCGUGUAUCACGACGACGUCAAGCUUGUAAAUCAUGGCGUUCACAGUAUUGGCCAAAAAUAACUGAAAAUAAUAAAGGGAGUCAAUCAGCAGCAUCACCAGUAAGAGACGAUUAUUUAUUAGAAUUACAAGAGAAACGAUCACGUUGUGAUUUGUAUAGAACAAUCCGUUCGUCGAAAUAUACAAAUAGUAGCGGUUGUGUAACACCGGACUUAAUGCCUAAUGGAUUAUCAGCUAGAGAUCGUACAAAAUUUAUGCCAGACAUAGUCGAUAAUGGUAGCAAAAACGAAUGGAACAGUGUAUGUGAUGAUAUAUCAUUGUCUUCACCAUUGUUAUUGCAUAGUUUAUCCAGUAAACAUGCUUCAUCUUUAUAUCAGUUAAAUUAUAUAAAUGAUUCAUCAGAUGAUGAAAGUAGUCAAGAGAAUAUGAAACACCUUAGCAAUUCAAAUACUACUGAUAAUGACACAACUCUUAUCGCUACUAAUAAUGCUGAGUUGACUAUCUCUGAAACUGAUACCCUUGACAAGACAAUUAAUUCAUAUUUGCCAACUGAUAAACAGUUAUCCAAUUCUUGUUCAACAGAAUCAUUUCAUUCAAGAACUAUGGACGAUAAACAGCCACAAAUACAAUCAUCAGAAUUAUCGACAACAUUAAAAAUGGACAGUCAUGAAGAGGGAUGUUAUAAAACAGGCUCUAGUGUACCAUGUAAUCUCACACCCACAAAUUUUACACCGUCAUGUACAUGUUUGUCAACAUUACCGGAUUUGCUAAGAUUAGCUCAUCUAGAUCCAAGUAUAGAAUUACAUAAUAAUAAUCUCGCUACAUGCACUACCACAGUGUGUACCAAAACUGAUUUUAAUGAAAAACAUGAAUAUGAAUUAGAGAAUUUUUUAGCUGCAUUAGAUUGUUUACCAUCACCAGGACAUUGUCCAAAACAUUUUGGACAUUUGCCACCUUUUAUUUCUUACAGCAAAAUUGAUGAAGAAUUUUUUAAAAAAUUGGAUGAUUAUAUACAUGAAUUUGAAAAUUCAAAAAUGAAAUUUACUGAAUCUGAUACUGUUAGUAGUACAACAAUAACUACUACUGUAACUAAGAAUGAUAAUCUUAAUCAUAAUUGUAGUGAUAACGAUGAUGAGGGUAAUAAUGAUGCCGAAACAAAAUCUAAACUCUUACAAUCUCCUUUAUUGUCUUCGUUAAUGGUUCGAUCAUGUAAUGAUGCCUUGGAUUCAAUAUCAUUAAACAGACUUGACUUAAUACACCAACAACAAUGUCAAAAUUCAGGGAGUCAUAGUAGUUGUAGUAAUCAUUCACACUUAACAGAUUUCUCUUCAACUUCAUCGACACAAUCUGCGAAACAUUAUUCAAAUUCAGUUGGUGUCGCUGGUGGUAUAGGUCCAUUUCUGUCCAUACUCUUAAAUCGUUUGGCUAAUAUGCACAAUAAUUGCUUUUUUACUAAUCUCCUUCUAACUGAUAUAUUUGCUGCAUUGGCCUCUUAUCCAUGUCCAUUAUUAUAUGAAUUCUUAUUGAAUCCAAUUGGUUUAAGUAUAAAACCAUCAGUUAAUACUCUUUAUAAAGUGCUCCGAUCUGUGCACAGUCAAAUUGUAGUCGCUUCGGAAUCUGUUGAACAGUGGAAAUCACUUGUAUUUCGUGCGCGUGUUUAUUUAAAUAUUGUCUGGCCAGGUCCUUUCAAGAUGAAAAUUGAUCCAAAUUUUUAUACAACAAGAGAGAAUUCACAACGUAAUAAAACUAAAAUGAUGGCAACAACGACAGAGCAUCAAUCAAAUACUACUUAUAAUAGUAAAAGAGGUGUAUCUGAGGAUAAGAGAAACAUUUCUUCCUGUUUAUCACGAAAUUGUCUUCCUGAAAAUUCAAAUCAUUAUUCACCUUUGAAUACUAUAAACAAAGAUUCACUUCAACAUGUAGUUCCAUUAUUACCUGUUACCUAUUCUUUACCAGUGAAUAAUGACAGUAAAACGAAUUCAGAACGUUUACAUCGUAGUUCUAUCAGUGGUGGUAGUAUUCAUUUAAAUCUACGCCAUAGAAGUCGUAGUCGUGUAAAUCAAUUUCUAAAUUUAACAAGUCGUAUUGGUUUAAGUCCAGUAUUAAAACGUGCAUCCCUUCAACAUGGUAGUCGUACAUCUAGUUCUUCUUCUUCUAAUCAAAAUUAUACCAAUAACAAAUUUAAACUAUUCAAUUCAGGAUCUGAUGAAGAAGAUCAAAAUGAUGUUCAUCAUUCCAUUGGUAAUGAAAACAGUAGUAACAAUACUAAUAAUGAUAAUCCAUUUUAUUCAGAUCCAACUACAGAUAUUACAAUAAAAACACGUAAUUUAGUAUUUGCUUCAAUUAUUUUUGAUGAAUUCUGUUUUGAACUUGCCGCAUUAUGUUAUGAGCAUAGUUUAAAUCCUGAUAUUCAUUUAAACAAAUCAAAAAUAUAA